AUGAACCAGGGCAUCUUGGCGCUAGUGUCGUCCACUGGUUGUGCGUCGGCGAGUGCGUUGCGGAGCCUGACGGACGCCAUGCACAUUCCCCACGUGUUCGUACAGCGCAGCAGUGACGGAGCGCCGCGCACGGCCUGCCGUUUCAGCUCCGCCUCGGGGGGGCGGAGCUACACACUCGCUGCCCGCCCUCCGGUCAGACUCAACCAUGUGAUGCUCAGCGUGGUCCAGGAACUCAGCUGGAGCAAGUUCAUUGUGUUCUAUGACGUGGACUAUGAUAUCCGCGGGCUGCAGAGCUUCCUGGACCAGACCUCCAGACUGGGCGUGGACGUGGCUCUGCAGAGAGUGGAUCGCAACAUUUCCAAGGUCUUCACCAAUCUGUUCUCCACCAUGAAGACCGAGGAGCUGAACCGGUACCGAGACACGCUGAGGCGAGCCAUCCUGCUGCUGAGCCCCUCCACGGCUCACUCCUUCAUCCUGCAGGCUGUGGAGACAAAUCUUGCAUCCAAAGACAGUCACUGGAUCUUCGUAAACGAGGAGGUGAGCGAUGGGGAGGUGCUGGAGCUCUCCCACUCCGCCCUUGGCCGCGUCUCCUUCAUCAGACAGAUCCUACCCCAGUGGAGUGACUCCUCCUGUGUCCGACAUACUCACAAGAUCUCCUCCUUACUCUGCGACCCACAGGAGGGAUACCUGCAGAACCUGGAGCUCUCCAGCCUGUACCUCUACGAUAGCGUGUUGAUGCUAGCUAACGCCUUCUACCGGAAGCUGGAGGAUCGGAAGUGGCACAGUAUGGCUUCACUCAACUGCAUCAAGAAAUCGACGAAGCCCUGGAACGGAGGCUGGUCCAUGCUGCAGACAAUCCAGAGGGGGAACAUCUCUGGUCUCACAGGGACCAUGGACUUUAAUGCCAGUGGGUCUAACUCUCACGUUCACUUCGAGAUCCUCGGCUCCAGUUUCAGCGAGACGUUCGGCAAAGGCGUCAAGAGGGUGGCACUCUGGGACCAGGUCCAUGGUCUGAAUGGGAGUCUGAAGGAGAGUCGCAUCGAGAACGGGAUGCAGGGAGUCACCGUGAGGGUCGUGACUCUGCUGGAGGAUCCGUUCGUGAUGGUGGCAGAGAACAUUCUGGGACAACCCAAACGCUACAAAGGAUUCUCCAUCGACGUGUUGGACGCACUGAGCAAGAGUCUUGGCUUUAAGUAUGACAUCUACCAGGUGUCUGACAGUAAGUACGGCUCGCAGCUCCCCAACGGCUCCUGGGACGGGAUGAUCGGAGACCUCAUCAACAAGAAGGCAGACGUAGCCGUGUCUGCCCUGACCAUCACGCCGGAGCGGGAAAGCGUGGUGGACUUUACGAAGCGUUACCAUGACUACAGUGUUGGGAUCCUGCUGCGGCGGCCGGUCGAGCGACUCGACAUGUUCUCGCUGCUUGCUCCGUUUGAGCCCUCAGUCUGGUUCUGCCUCGCCGCCUCGGUGCCUCUGGUGGGAGUCCUGCUCUUCCUGCUCAACCGACUGCACGCACUCAGAAACUCCAACUCCCACAAUGCACCAGGGCAGAGCGGCACCUCCAGCCUGCAGGGUGCCAUCUGGAUUGUGUACGGGGCGUUCCUGCAGCAAGGAGGAGACGGGGUCAUGAACUCAGUGGCUCUCCGGAUCGUGAUGGGCAGCUGGUGGAUCUUCACUCUGAUCGUCUGCUCCUCCUACACCGCAAACCUGGCAGCCUACCUGACUGUGACCCGCAUGGACCAGCAGAUCCGGACUUUCCAGGAUCUCUCCCGGCAGUUGGACCUGGACUAUGGUACGGUCCGGGACUCUGCGGUCUAUGAUUACUUCAAACACAAAGGGACGAAUCCUCUGGAGCAAGACACUGCAUACGCCGAGCUGUGGAGGACCAUCAACCGCAAUGAGGGCCAGGACUCCAGCGUGUCCAGUCCCUCAGAGGGCAUCAAGAGGGUGAAGAAGACGUCCUUUGCGUUCUUGUGGGACCUCUCGGUGCUGGAGUUUGCGGCUCUCACAGACGAUGAUUGUUCUCUCACUGUCAGCGGCAGCAGCUCCAGCUCCAAGGGCUACGGCUUCGCUCUGCAGCACGGCAGCCCCUACAGGGACCUGUUCUCUCACAGGAUCUUGGAGCUGCAGGAGAGAGGAGACCUGGACGUGUUGCAGCAGAAGUGGUGGCCUCGCUCUGGUCGCUGUGACCUCUCUGUCUCUGCGGCAACGCCCCCCGCUGGCCGCUCCCUUAAACUGCACAGUUUCACUGGAGUCUUCUGCAUACUGGCAACAGGACUCAUCAUUGCCUGCAUAGUCGCCGCCCUGGAGGCCUGGUGGAGGAACUACAACUGUAGGGGACAGGCCCCGAGAGAGGACAAAGAGAUGAACUUGGAGCAGGUUCAUCAUCGGAUCAACAGUCUCCUCGACGACGACAUGACGCACAAACAACUCCCAGGAUCCUCUCUGCCUCCUCACGCCCUCAGCUCGUACCUUCCCGGUGACUCCGCCCCCACGCUCCUCUCGGGGGCGGGCUCUCGCUCGCACAUGUCCGUCACUCACCUGAAGGGGGCGCUGCAGCCGUGUAAGCACCGUGCGCCAAACGGGGGACUAUUCCGGACCUCCCCCGCCUCCCCCCUGUCCUACCAACAGGGGGCACACCAUGAAGCCACAACCCUGUCCUACCAACAGGGGGCACACCAUGAAGCCACAACCCUGUCCUACCAACAGGGGGCACACCAUGAAGCCACACCCCUGUCCUACCAGCAGGGGACGCACCCAGACCCCACACACAGCACGUCCAUCUGA